AUGAACCCGGUAGAGCACCCCCACGGUGGUGGCAACCACCAGCACAUUGGCCACCCCUCAACUGUCUCCCGGCACGCGCCCCCAGGUCAAAAGGUGGGUCUUAUUGCUGCUCGCCGCACGGGUCUGCUGCGGGGUGGCCGCAAGACGAAGCAGCAGCAGCAGCAGCAGCAGCAGCAGCAGCAGUGGGAGUUGCUGAUGCUGCUGCUGCUGCUGCUGCUGGUGUUGAUGAUGAUGAUGAUCAUGAGGCUGGUGCUGCUGCUGCAACUGCAGCAGCAGCAGCAGCAGCAGCAGCAGCAGCAAUGCAACUACUUAUUGCCUUGGGGCCCGCAACUGCAGCAGCAGCAACAGAAACAGCAACAGCAGCAGCAGCAGCAGCACAUUUGCUGCUGCUGCUGCAACCAGCUUUUCAUACUUAACAGGGCACCCCAUCUCCAUGAUUAUUAUCCUUUAGGGAUAUGUCUUGUCUUCAAGCAGCAACAGCAACAGCACCAGCAGCAGCAGCAACAGCACCAGCAGCAACAGCAGCAGCAGCAGCAACAGCACCAGCAGCAACAGCAGCAGCAGCAGCAGCAGCAGCAACAGCAGCAGCUGUUUGGGGUUGCUGCUGCGGGGCGUUCGUUAGCUGUUAAGCCUAAGCCGUACAAACCCUAA